AUGCACUCCCCCUUGUUACCUCUUUUUACUGAGAAUCUUCAUUUCCAGUUCGGUGGUCGUCCACUGGAAUGUUGGGUUCCAGCGCAAUUCACUGCAAGUUGGGAGGCCUACACGGAGAUGUACUGCUGGGCACAGAAUACGUAUUGGGUUCCCAUAGAGCAGGAUAUCCCGGUCGAUAUAGCAGAACGAGAAUAUCGCCAAAUAUCAUACUAUCAAUGGGUUCCGUUCUUUCUAUUGAUUCAGGCCUUCCUCUACUAUAUUCCGUGCCUUAUGUGGAGAUUAAUGAGUGACAAAUCUGGUAUAAUUUCAUUUGCUUGUAUUAUUAUUUGUUAUACUUUGGGAUGA